AUGCAGAUUGCUAUCGUGCAGUAUGAUCCGCAGCUCGGGCAAGUCGAGCGGAACAUGAAGCACGUGGAUCAGAUGGUCGCGUCACUGUCCAAGAGCGACAGCAUCGACAUCUUGAUGCUGCCGGAGAUGGCGUUCACGGGGUACAUGUUCCGAAACAAGGCUGAAGUGGCUGAAGUCGCGGAAGUUGCGGACGAAGGACAAACCUAUCGCUGGUGUCAGCACCACGCGCGUCGGUUGCACUGCAUGGUGACAUGUGGGUACGUCGAGAAAGAAGGCGAUCUGAUGUACAACUCGAUGCUGGUCAUUAGUCCUGCGGGUGAACUCGUAUGCAAUCCACGCAAGACGUUCCUGUACGAGACAGACAAGUCGUGGGCUACGGCAGGAAAAGGCUUUUGUACGUGGCAUUGUCCGUGGCUUGGUAAGACCAUAUCAUUCGGAAUCUGCAUGGACAUCAACCCGGAUGACUUCAAAGCUCCGUUCUCGGCAUAUGAGUUUGGUACACAUGUGGUUGAGAACCGAAGCGACUUGGUACUAUUUGCGUGUGCCUGGAAUGAUUUUGAAGCACAUGACAUUGGGCCGGGUUCAACGCUCUCUUAUUGGGCGCAGCGCCUGUCCCCGGUCAUUGAUGCGCUAAGGAAAGAAGAGUAUGGCAAACGGAACUGCUAUUUCCUGUGCUCCAACCGAAUUGGUAUCGAGAAUGGUACGUUCUUUUCUGGGGCGAGCUGCGUCCUCUCUCUCAAAGAGCCCGCUGUUAUCGCGCACGCUGGACGUCGCACCGAGGAGCUGCUGCGCAUCGAGAUUCCUGAUGAAAGUGCUAAUGUGCCAGUCGAAUAG